AUGGAACUAGAUUUUGGUGGACAAGUCACCAACUACGAAUGUGUUGUGGAGAAAAGCACCAAUGUCGAAAAUGCUGGUGACUCUGUCACCAAUUCAGACACCAAUUCUGAAGGCGUUGGCGGCAGAACAAUCGACCUGCCUCUGUCUGUGGAUGAUCCGGAAGACGAGGUGGCACCGCUGACGUUGAGCGCUGGAAGACCAAAAGAACCGAGAGCGACUAAGAAAGUCAAGGCCCGCAAAGGGAUUGAAGAAACCAAGGUGUUAGCGCACCAGUUGACUUCAUUGGACGGAUGCAUUUUCGUUGCAGCUCUUCAUACUGCCCACCAAGCACAGACAGUUGGGCAAAACAGAGGAGGUGUCGCUGAAAUUUUUGUUGUGGACCCUGUCUAUUUGGGGUUCAAAGUGGAAGCCGAGAGAAAGAGAAUGAUCGACACUGAGCUGCAAAUUCUGAGCAAAGGUGCAAGUGGACGCGUCGUUUUUUCCCCUGUAAACAUCCAAGUAGACGUGGCGCAUUGGUGUGGCGCUAUUGUUGACUUUCGAAGCUGCUCAAUCUGGAUCUACGACCCAAAACAAAAGGUUGACUACAUUGAUGAAGUGGAAGAUAUCAUGAAAAGUUCCGUGGUUCCUCUGAUUGAUCCGGCAUUUGUUUUUGAUUUCAAGUACUCUUCUGCUUGGCUGCAAAAGGACGGGUAUAAUUGCGGUGUUUUUAUCGUAAAGUGGUUCGAGACGUAUUUGAAAGUGGCGAUGCACACGGUACCCGAGGAAAAUCGGAGCGCGCUAACACCACAGCAAAUAUCGGACAAAGAUAUCGAGAAGUGUAGAUACGAAAUGUUUGAAACAGUGUGUCUUGACAUUUUCGAGAGCUAA